CAUUCAAUAACGUCACUGAUUUUAUUUUCAUUCAUUCGUGGUUUGUCAUCAGUGCUGUUCUCUCUGUGAAAGUUUAUAAUUUUAAUAAAAUCGUUAAAAUGGCGACCGAAGUUGAGGAGACCAUCAAAAGAAUUCAAGCCCAUAAGGGCGUAAUGGGAGUCGUCAUUGUAAACCACGAAGGUAUACCUAUCAAAAGUUCUUUGGAUAAUGCGACGUCGGUUCUCUACGCAGGACUCAUAGGGCAGCUCACAGAAAAAGCAAGGAAUGUCGUUCGUGAAAUGGACUCCACAAAUGAGCUAACAUUCCUGCGCGUGAGGAGUAGGAGACAUGAGAUACUGAUAGCACCAGACAGGGAAUUCAUACUCAUAGUUAUACAGAACACUUCAGACUAGUAUGGUACAAUGUUUGCACCAAGGUAACCUUCUGGAAAGGUUGUUUUAGUGUAAAACUUAAUCAUAAACUUUCACAAGUUACUUUGAAUGUUUAUGAAUAGGGAUGUAAAAUUUUAGGAAGCUGCUUCAAUUAGAAUGUCACUUUAAAAUCAAUUAUUUUGCUGUCACUACCACAUAAUGUAAAAAAAAUAUGGUGACGACAUCAUCAGUCACAGGAUGACCACUGCUGAACACAAAGAUUUUCAGAUCAUCUUAUAAUAAGAGGUCCGCAUCCAGCGAUCUCCUCCAACUUAUGAGGUCAUCUGUCUUGCAUGUUUGUGGCUUCCAGAAAACCUUGCUCCAUCGGUCUGGGGCAUGACAUGACUAAAAAGCCAUUAUUAGUAACAUAGGGUAUGUUACUGAUUGCCGAUUGCAAUAUAAUAAUAAAUUUACUCUUAUUUUGGCAACUAGAUAUGUCAGAACAUAAAGACGACUUAACUGAAUUUAUUGAAGCAUUUGAUCUAAGUAAAAGUGGCACUUAUUCCAACUACAUAUAUUUUUUUUUGCUAAUCUAGUCUGUAAGAAUUGUGAGAAAAACAUUAGAAAUGCACUUAAUGAAACUUGAAUUGAGUAAGACAUAAUUUUCUAAAGUAUUCUUGUGUUGUAUUCUGAAAUUAUUUAAGCUAUAUAUUUUGGUUAAAGUAUAUUUAUUUCUACUCAUGUAUUCUUUAAAUAAACAUUUGUACACUA